GAUAAUAUUCUCUAAAAGUACUAAACACUUUGUGCGAAAAGUACUGAAGAUGAGCAGUGGAUACUUUUACUUUUUACUAAUCUUUAGUGGCUUAUUUUUAUUCAUAAUAGAAAAGAUUCAGACGCAUCCCGUGUCUAUGGAAGCUUCCCAUUCUAUUAAAGACCAACGUUACUAUCAGAAGAAUCAAAAUUUAAAAAGUACGCUGCUAAAUAUAAAAAUUCGAUCGCAACUAGUUGACGAAAAAAAUACUACGCUUCGUACUGGAAAUACAACGUUUCCGAAAGAGAUAACCCUUAAAUUAAAAGAAUUGGAUAACAGGAAUUUCGACUUUCCGCAGAUGAUCAGAAAGUCAAAAAUUGAAGUCGACCCCACCCCCAUUACAAACUAUUAUCCACCAAAUUUCACCCUUGCCACCGUUUGUAUGGGCAGUACUAUACCGUAUGGAAGCUACAAGAUAUUGGAUUGGAUUAAACGUGAAAUUUAUAAGCGCACUCACAAGAAGCGUCCUUUUUACAGGGAUCUUCGUCGCAAAAUGUUCUACAGUGCCAACUCGGAGGAGUGUCAUACUCCCGAGUUUGCAACUUUUCGGAAUUUUCAGGAAUGUGCUAUACGACGCAAUCAGCGAAUGGAGUUUAGUGUUCCCAAAUAUCCAUUGCAUCAGAAAGACAAAUAGAAGUCUUGCUAUAUUUUGUCCAGUUAAAGAAAUCGGAACUUUGUCGAUUUGCUUCUUGUAUUAAAUACACUUUUAUGGGUAUACCGAUAA